AUGAAUGCGGCUAUAGACCGUAGUGGCAAUAUCAAUAAUAAUAUUAAUUUCAAUAACACAGCUAAUGGUAUCACUAAUAGUCCAGCAGAUGCUUUAGUGCCGAUAUCAGAACAAGUACAAUACAAAGUACAAUUACUACUACAUAUAAAUAGUGUUUUACUUGCAAGAGUAAUACAUAUGACAAAUACAAUAUCAAAGGAACAUAAUGAUUUAUCAAAAUUACCUGAACCAAUACAAGUCAUCAUACAAGAACAUCUUAAAAGAGUACAUUCAAAUUUACAAUGUAUCUCCCAAAUUAAUCAAGGUUACAUACGAUCAAAGCCAUCCCUACAAGAACCUCCAGACCAUACAAGUAACAACCCGCAACAAAGUCACGACGUCCUGGCUAAACUCUACCUUCUCAUGAACAGAGUUUUCGAGUUUUGGUAA